AACGGCUUGUGAAAUUUAUUAUAGUAUCAACUGCUCUGAAAAAAGCUAAACCAAUAUCAAUUUAUACAAGAAAUACUUUUGAUCUAAUAAUUAAAAAAAUGGACCAGUUCGCACCGACAGAUUCGAUCUUCUGGAAGCGAAACCGACUGCAAACUUAUAAAUACUGGCCAUUCAAAUCCGAUGCACCCUGCAAUCCUGAGAGUAUGGCAGCAGCUGGAUUUUUUGCAACUGGAGGCAAAGCUGAGCCGGACUCUGUCGAGUGUUUUAUGUGUAACAAACCUAUGGACGGCUGGGAGGAGACUGACAAUCCAUGGGAAGAGCACAUACGACAUCAGAAAGACUGCAAGUAUAUAUUGCUGAACAAACCCGAUGAGUCGACCUGGACCGUUGAAGAGCUUUACGAUCUUACCAAGGAGUACUGUGUCAAAGAAGUUGAACGUACGAUGAAGAAGUACAAAAGCAGUAUGAAUAUUGAAUCUGAAGAUCUUCGAAGUCAUAUUCCGUCUGUAGUAAAAAAUAAUUUUAAAAAUAAGAAAAAUCAUAGUUAAAUAAUUGCGACGUAUUUUUAAUUGCAUAAUUUAUAUUUAUAAACCUUAGAAUAAAAAUUUCGUAUUUUUAUGUUGAACCAGUAGCUUAAUAUCGUUUUAUUUAACAAAAAUAAAAUGAUAAGAAUAGAAUGUUACGAUAUCGCUAAUCCUUUGAUGCAAAAAGAAAGUUUUUUGCUCCAUUCAUUCACAUUGACCCUAAUCUGAUUAUAUCUCAUUGUUAUCAAUUUUAAUGAGUCAAAAAAAAAUCCCCGAUAUCAUUCACAAUAGCAAUCUUCAUUCAA